AUGUCGGAAGAUCACAAAAACAAGCAAAUUCCACCAACCCUCGAAGGAUCUGCAGCAUCACAAGGUCUCAAGCAAGACGAAGAUGGGGACGCAAUCAUGGCUGCCGCUGAUGAAGAAGGAUGCACAACGCCAACUUCAAGUGAUCACAAGAUACCAACUUUUCGAAGCUGCCCACCAACUCCAAGAAAAAAACUUCAGAAACUGUUCUUGCGCAAGAGGAAAUUGGUUGAUGAGAUGAAUUUCUUUGAAGCUUCUCAUAGAGAUGAGGUGGAGGCUUUCUUUAGAUCAAACUUUGAGCUUGCUAAAGUUGAAUCUCGUCCCAUGAAGAGAAGAUGCAGAAGUUUUUGA